GCUCACAAGGCAAAGACAUGAAUAUUGUAUUAGCAUGGGAGAAGGGUUACUCAGGGAAAAAUGUUGUGGUAACAAUUUUGGAUGAUGGUAUUGAAAAAAAUCACCCAGAUCUCAUCGAUAAUUAUGAUAGUGAUGCUAGUUAUGAUGUUAAUUCACACGACUCUGAUCCGUCUCCAAGAUAUGAUCCGACUAAUGAAAAUAAACAUGGUACACGAUGUGCUGGUGAGGUGGCUUCCCAAGCAAAUAAUAACGUGUGUGGUGUGGGAGCUGCUUUCAAUGCUAAAAUUGGAGGUGUAAGGAUGUUGGAUGGUGAUGUAACUGAUGCUGUGGAGGCCCAAUCACUGAGUCUCAAUCCACAACAUAUAGAUAUUUAUAGUGCUAGUUGGGGUCCUGAUGAUGAUGGUAAAACUGUUGAUGGGCCAGCACAGAUGGCUAAGAAAGCAUUUCUGGACGGUGUCACAAAGGGACGUGGUGGACUGGGAUCCAUUUUUGUCUGGGCAUCUGGUAAUGGUGGUCGACAGCAUGAUAGUUGUAACUGUGAUGGUUAUACUAACAGUAUUUAUACAUUGUCUAUAAGUAGUGUGUCUGAGACUGGUAGUAUACCAUGGUAUUCAGAGGCUUGCUCUUCUACUCUAGCUACUACAUACAGUAGUGGUAGUGGUAGUGAAAAACAAAUUGUAACCACAGAUCUGCACAAAAAGUGCACAGACAGACACAGUGGAACAUCAGCUUCAGCACCAUUAGCUGCUGGUAUUUGUGCAUUAGCACUUGAAGCAAAUCCAAAGCUAACAUGGCGUGAUAUGCAAUACAUUGUAGUAAUCACUUCACGCAGUGAGAAUCUGAAUGCCAAUGAUUGGGUUACUAAUGGUGGGGGUUAUCACAUUAGUCAUUCAUUUGGAUUUGGUUUAAUGGAUGCCACUGCCAUUGUUGAAUAUGCAGAGAAUUGGAAUACUGUACCAGAACAACACAUAUGUUCUCAGAAAUCACUGGCAACACCUGUUGCUAUUACCAGCAAUGGUCUCAAGUUAACAACAACCACAUCUGGAUGUCAAGGAUCCAGUGAUGAAGUAGUAUACAUAGAACAUGUACAAGCAAUACUGAGUCUGUCUUACAGUCGUCGUGGUGAUUUGGAAAUAUACUUGACUUCUCCUCAUGGUACCAAAUCUAUGUUAUUACCACAGAGGAGUAGAGACAGUGACAGCCAUGAAGGUUUUAAAAGCUGGCCCUUCAUGACCACACACUGCUGGGGUGAGAGAUCUUUUGGAACAUGGACCUUAGAAAUUCAUGAUAAAGGAAAUAAUAAGAACAACCAUGGCAUGUUGACUGACUGGACAUUGGUAUUACAUGGGACUAGUACUGAUCCACUUGAUGAUUUUCGUGCAGUCAAUAAAACAAGUGAGACAAUCCACUGUCCCAUGGGAUUCUACACAACUAGUCAAACAGUUAAUAGCAGUCUUGAUUACCAGUGUAAUCCAUGCCAUACUACAUGCAGGACAUGUACAGCUUCAGGACCUAAUCAGUGUACCUCAUGUCAUUUCUUUUAUGAGAAACAUGACACAUCAUGUGUUUUUAUUCAAGAGAUGUCGGAUAUGGAACGUGGUUCAAACAUCUACUACAUAAUAGCUGUUAUUCUUUGUGUUGCUGCAAUUGCCUUGUUUGGUAUCAUCUUUGGUCUUUUACAAGCGAACACCCAAGGACUGCUUUGUUGUAAUUCUACAUCAUAUGUCAGUUUGGAUAAACAACAUUUUAAUGGAUUGGCUGCUAAAGAGUACUUGGAGAGUGAUGAUGAGCUGUAUGAAGAUGGUGAAGAGGCUGAAAACGAACAUUUUACAGUAAUGUCAAAGUGAAAGACUUUUCAUUCAUUCAAUAAAUCUAUUAGAUUGUACAUUUCUAAUGUGAAUAUUGCCUUACUUGGAUCAUGCAAAUUUAAAUAAACAAUUUAUAUAGCUCCUAAAUUUACAUGCAUUUUUUCGAACAAAAAAUCAUGAACAAUGAAUUAUUUUGAAACAAUGUAAACCUAGUAUUUAUGUAGCUUUAGCCUUUGACAUUUUUAAUUCCUGGCCUGUGGCUACCAACUCGAAGACUCUAAUAGCCCUCCAUGUGCCACAAUUUUAUUCCUCAAUUAGGAUUGAAUCAUUUAAUCUUAUGUUAGAUAAUCAGAGGGAGUGAUAAUAUUAGGACAGUUUUGGUUCUGAAUGUAUUCACUGUUGAGAUCAGUGUCUCAGCUUUUCUGGAUAAGAUAAUUUUUUCAAACGAUGAAAAUUCCUUCAGCUAGAAGGCUUGGAAUUUUCCCACUUUAUUUUGAUCAAGAGUUUGCACUUUUAAUAACUCCCAUCCCACAAACUGGUUCAUUUUAAGCUUGCACGCAAUGUUACUGUCUUGUCAUUGUCGUUCCGUCUCUAACUCUGUUUCUUGAGGUUACACUA